GUCACCGAGAACUCGCGGUGGCAGCCGGGACGUCGGGCGGACUGUGUGCCUGCGCUGAGGAAGGGUGCGUGUCCCCAGUGUUCGCUCCGGUCGCCCGGUUAGGAAUACGCCUAACGAACCCGGUGUAAUAUUUGAUGAAACGCCAGCAGGGACUGUGGUCUAAGAAGAGUCAUGGUUUGGCAUCGCUUAUACCAUUAGUCUCUUAGCGUGCAAGUUUGAUUCAUUGAGCUAGUGGCGUUAGCCCGCUUCGUUGAUUAAUAGCACGCUAGGUCGCUAGCUUUAGUCCUGUAGCAUACCUGCUAGCCGGCUAGCUAGUAAGCUAGUUUCAGUGUACUGCUGGUCAAUCCAGUGGAACAGGAGAGAACCAGACUGACUGCUGAACCCAUCCGCUAUUUCUGAAAGAGGAGGUGGGGCAGGCGGGGGCCGGGAGAACGCGACGGAGUGGAAGUGAGUCAGGAGCGGCUGAUGAGUUCAGAUCAGAGCGGAGAGCCGCCGCUGCUGCAGGAGGAGGCUGAUCCCGGACCGAAGACCGGUGGGAAGGACGAGGCUCCGCUGGGGAGCGAGGGAGGGUCAGGCGGCAUGGUCACCUCUAAGGGCGCCGGUCUGAACCCAAAUGCCAAGGUGUGGCAGGAGAUGCCUGUGGCCCCCAGCGAGGCUGUUGCCAACAGCCCUCAUUGGCCCCCCUCAGACAUCAGUGAGGGUUAUUCUGAGCCUUCGUCUGUCGGGUGCAAGCAGUACACUGUUGGAUUCCCAGCCGUGGAUGACAGCAGCUCCACAGCAACAGCUGAGAUAGCAGUAAAUGGAAUGGACCCUCCAGAGUUGGGCUUUCCCCCUGCUGAGUCCACCACAGGGACCUCAGUGGAUUCCAAAACUGAAGAACCAUCUCCGAUCUCCUCUGAGAAUCUACGAGAGUCUCUGAAGAAGGAGCUGGAGUUUUAUUUCUCCAGAGAAAACCUCUCAAAGGAUUUGUACCUGAUGUCCCAGAUGGACAGUGACCAGUUUGUCCCUAUAUGGACUAUAGCCAGCAUGGAGGGCAUCAAGAUCCUCACCACUGACAUGGACCUCAUCCUGGAUGUGUUGAGAUCUUCUCCUAUGGUACAAGUGGAUGAGAAGGGGGAGAAAGUGCGUCCUAACCACAAGCGAUGCAUUAUCAUCCUAAGGGAGGUCCCCGAAACAACACCUGUUGAGGAAGUGGAGUCACUGUUCAAAAAUGACAACUGUCCAAAGGUGAUAAGUGUUGAGUUCGCACACAACAACAACUGGUACAUCACAUUCCAAUCAGACACGGACGCUCAACAGGCAUACAAGUAUUUAAGAGAGGAGGUAAAAACAUUUCAGGGAAAACCCAUUAUGGCCAGGAUAAAGGCCAUCAACACAUUCUUUGCAAAGAAUGGCUACCGUAGCAUGGACAGCAGCCUGUACGCUCAGCAGUCCCAGAGCCAGUCCCAGUACAGCUCUCCGCUCUACAUGCAGCACGUCUACCCCCAGCAGCAGUACCCAGUCUACGGCAUCGUACCUCCCACCUGGACGCCUUCGCCCACACCCUAUUUUGAAACUCCUCUGGCACCGUUUCCCAACAGUAGCUUUGUGAAUGGAUUUGGCUCUGCUGGACACUACAAAACUGGCUCCAGUUCUCUUAAUAUCACUCGUCCUUUCAACAGAAACCGUGUUCCCCUCUAUUCAAGAAAGAAUGUAAUAAAUGCCUUCAGAAACCAUGUGAAGCCCCAGGCGAGGACAAGUGAGGUGACCUCAGCAUCUAUAACUCCUGUCCCCUUGGAGAGUCUGACUGGAUUGCGCAGCCCGCAGCCCCCCACUCCCGUUGCCGCCGCCACCACAAACCCAGUCCAGACAGCCUCUGACCUGGGCUCUGCGUUCUCACAUCUCUCCUCCUCUCCCUCGUCUUUGGACCCCAGUGAUGACGGCGGCAUGGCUGGACGUGGAAGACGGAGCACAACCUACAGAGGAACACGGAGGAGGCGAGAAGACGAACGGAUUGCGAGGCCUGUACCGCUAGCAGAGGUCAAGGUUUCUCCACCCAAAUUUGACCUGGCUGCUACCAAUUUCCCACCUCUUCCUGGCUGCGUGGUCAGUACACAGGGAGAGCCAGUGCUAGAAAACCGAAUGUCUGAUGUUGUACGUGGUUUGUACAGGGACAAGACCGAACAAGCCAAUAAAGAAGCCACUGUGAGUCCAGGUUCAGGCCAACCCCCAGUCACAGAGGACGCUGUGGCUGUCUCCAGUCCUGCCCUGACAACACUGAAAUCUGCUACACAACCACUUGGACCCUCAGCCCCUGGUGUCACUCGUCAGGAGAAGAGGGUUGAACGGGCAGAGCCUCCAGUUCCAAAAGUGGCUCCACGCACACCUGUUACUACCGUAAUCCCUUCCCCCACCAUACAACCCGUGCCUAGCUCCAGGCCUCAGCCCGCUGCUGCUGUUGCUGUUGUUGCCGCCGCCGCCUCCACGCCCUCAACUCCAAGCACGCCGGCCCCUGCUACAGCCACUAUUCCCACCCCUGCACAGGAGCCACGUAAGCUCAGCUACGCUGAGGUAUGCCAACGGCCACCCAAGGACCCUCCGCCUGCAGCCCCUGCCCCAGCUUCCACAGGCACCGCUUCGGGCCAGCCGUUACGUGAGUUGCGCGUGAACAAGGCUGAAGAGCUGGGCUCCAGCAGUGGUCCUGGAGACAAGCAAGAGAGAGGCCACGACAGGGAGGGGGGAUGGGAAUGCAAGGAGAGCCGACCACCACGUGAACGUGACUCUCAAGGCUACUACCGCAGCAAUGGGCCCAGAGGCACCGGGGGCCUCAAGUUUCGGGACCAGAGGCGCCCGCCUCCGGCCCGACGCAGCUCCCCACAGGGAGGCUACAGGCACACUGGCAAAGAGCAGAAUAUCCCACCAGUAUCGCCAAAGUAAAAACUUGAUAUGAAUGGAAAAAAAGAUGUAUGAAUAUAUACAUGGAAUAUAUAAUUAUAUAAAAAUGAAUAACCUAAAAGCAACAACAUUAUGGUAGCCACCU